GGGGAAGGGCGGGACUUCCGGUUUCAUUUGUCAGUGGCUUCCGGCAAAAACUGAUGAACUGAAAACAAGGCAGCACAUGGGUCUGCGGCCCACUCGGGCAAGAAAUAGGGAACCCGAUGUGGGCUUCACGAAACCAGUUCCAAGAUUCUCUUUUUUGGUCGUGGUGUCCGGCGCUCGGUCCACGACGGAGCCGACCCGGGAGCCGCCGGAAGUCGCUCAAAGGAGAGACAGGAAGUCCCUCCCCUUCCUCCCAGAGGGAAGACGGUGAGCCGGAGGAGUCAGUCAGAGGGGCGAGCAGGAGCGAUUCCGUCGGCAAACAGGUGACCGGCCGGCUGAGCCGCCCUGACGCACGGCGUCAUUAACGAUGGACACUGAGAAGAAGCCGGAGAAUGAGGAGGAUGAAAACACAAACCGAGAAGCGGACGACUCGAGGAACGUCUCAUCUCCCCUUGUAGAUUGUGGGCCCGUAUUUGAUGUGAUAGCCAAUUCCUCUGAGAAUUCCGCAGGCAAGAGAGGUUUUUCCGAAUCUUCAAACUUUGGCAGCAUCACUGUGGGGCAGGGUGGAAAUAAACAUGCUUCCAAACGAAUGAAAUUAUCAGCUGAGGCAGAGCACCUAAAGCGUGAAGGGCAGGGCAUUGGUGGGCCGGAAGCUUCUGAGAGCACGGUCCCGGACGUGCACGUCCCGUUGGGCGGGACUGUGAAGGAGAGCCUCGUGGACGAAGGCCCCCACGGAAGCACCUGCCUCCCCAGCGCCUUCUCCCCUCCCGGCAGUUUCAGCACCACUGAUGCUGCUUCUCUGAAGACAGGCUCCGAAACAAAGUCUGCUCAGGAAAUGGUUUCCCUUGACCCGGAGAGAGAAUCCCCUUUGCCCCUGAAGGAGAAUAGUGUCAGCUGUGCCGUUGGGAACGUGAAUACAGUUCUUAAGUGUGACACAUGCGGUCAUGUGUUUUCCUCCUGCCCUGAUUUGGAAAAGCAUGCCGAGUGCCACCUGCAGCCACCGGGUGAGCAUGCGUGCCGUCACCGCGGCCACGAGGCAGAGAGCAGCGCGGCGCUGCACACGCACGUCCGGCAGGCCCACGGGCCGCAGCAGCUCUUCUCCUGCGACCUCUGCGGCUUCCAGUGCGCGGAAGAAAACCUGCUGAACGCACAUUAUCUUGGCAAGACACAUCUCCGGCGUCAGAAUCUUGCCGCUCGUGGAGGAUUUGUACAGAUCUUAACAAAACAGCCCUUUCCUAAGAAACCUUGUUCCAUGGGAGCCAAAAAUGUCCAUGUAAAACCAAGAGCUUCUAAACCGUUAGCAAAGGCUGGUGAUUCGAAAGGAUUACGGAAUGUCGGAAGCAAAUUUAAGGAUUUCAGAGGGAGCAUGUCUAAGCAAAGCGGAAGUGGCAGGGAGCUGCUUGUCGAAAUGGUGGCAUCCAAGAGUACUUCAUCGGAAAAAGUAGAGAUUGUUGAAGAAAACGUAACUUCUCUUGGCAGAGCUCGAAAUCCUGAAAACCAGGGUAAAGCUAAAAAGUUAGCUUUGGUAAACUCAGAGGGUCUCUUAGACAAAUUGGAAUCUACCAGAAAUAGCCUACAGGCAGUACACGGUAUCAGCGCAAGCUCUAGACCCAGACCUGAGCGAAACAUCCUCAUGUUGGGCGGCAGCUUCCGUCGACGAAGUGGCACUUUUUCUUUAAAAGGCCAGGCAAAGAAAAGGUUUAAUCUGUUAGGAAUUAGUAAACGAGCAACUACUGACGCCCAGAGGGCGUGUAUGAAACACCUGAGAGCCCAGGUGAAAACCUGUGACGCAGAGUCUGCAAGCAGGCGUGUAGGAACAAGUGGCAGUGUCCGCAGUCUGUGUGUGACUUCCUCAGAAACGAGCGCCCCGAAGCAGGACGGAAGAGGCUCCCAUCUCACCAGCUCCUUUGCCUCUCCCGCCGCGAGGCCGGCUGCCGGUCAUCAUAUGUGUCCUUGUACGGACUGCGCCCAGGUAGCCACAGAGAGGACAGAGCUGGGGGCCUGCGGGGAGGAGUGCCCCCCCGGAGAGGUAAAGGGCCGCUGCCGGGAGCGUGACUUGUCUGGCCCGUCAAGUAGGGACUCAGACCAGCGUUUGUACCACCACCAGCACCCGCACGCCGCCGCUGUCCUCAGCUGUCAGUGCUGUCCGUUUAGUUCCGAGAACGAGCCGCGUCUCAGAGAGCACAUGAAGGAGAAGCACAGUCUGUGUUUUCUCUGUGCGCCUUGCAGUCUGUUCUUCUCGUCUGAGGAAGACCUGGAGGAGCACAGAACAACUGAGAAGCAUAUUCGUUUAUUGGUUCAACCAAAGACUUCUCAACCACUUCACAAUGAUUCGGUCUUACAGUCUUUACCCUUAAGUUCUUUAGAAUCAGAAAAUACAAAAGAUUCUGCGAGUGAGUUGGGUACAGCAGCUCAGGAAGACCCCGCUAAGUCCAGGGUGAACCACGGACAUGAAGUGAGGCAUUCAAGUAAGCCUCAGUUUCAGUGUAAGAAGUGUUUUUAUAAAACAAGGUCUUCCACGGUUCUCACAAGACACAUAAAACUGCGGCAUGGUCAGGACUACCACUUUCUUUGUAAAGCAUGUAAUCUUUAUUCAUUGAGCAAAGAAGGCAUGGAGAAGCACAUUAAGAGAAGCAAGCAUCUUGAAAAUGCCAAGAAAAAUAAUAUUGGCUUAAGUUUUGAAGAAUGUAUCGAAAGGGUGUGUAUAGGUGCAAAUGAUAAAAAAGAAGCAUUUCACGUGUCUGGGACUGGACGGCUGGAAGGCCACGUCGAAGGCACGCAGGUACAGGAGCACGUCAGCCUCGAAAGGAGCGUGCUGACUCCCAAGGACCUGUCCCAGUUCGGCGGGAUGACCAAAGAGGGGGCAGUUGCUUUGACCGCUACCCCAAAGAGAGGGAGACCGAAGGGUAACAUCUCACGGACGUGUUCUCACUGUGGCCUCUUGGCCUCUAGCAUUACAAACUUGACUGUUCACAUUCGACGAAAGCACAGUCACCAAUACAGUUACUUGUGCAAAGUGUGUAAGUAUUACACCGUAACCAAGGGAGAUAUGGAGCGCCACUGUGCCACUAAGAAGCAUAAAGGACGGGUAGAAGUAGAAGCCAGUGGCAAACAAAGUUCAGACAUCAUUGUCGGCCCCGAAGGGGGUCACCUUGAAGCCUGCAGAAAGAAUGCCACGUCAGCGGUUUCAGGGGAGCCCGCUAACAAGUCCGCUGAAUCAGAUGCAUCCGUCUCAGAGAAGCCAGUAGCAGAGCAUGGAAAUCCAGCUGAAGUCAACUUGGAAAAUGAACGUCAUUCUGUGGAUGGGGAGGCUGACUGUCAUCUUGCUGGUAAAAAGGAACAGAUGUUUCUGGGACCAGAGGGCCCUGUCCAGCAGGGGGACACUAUGGGUGCAAGUGAUAAUAAGUGUGUACACUGUGAGUUUAAUGCCCACUCUUCUGCCUCUCUGGAGCUGCACAUAAAACGGAAGCACACGAGAGAAUUUGCUUUCUAUUGCAUGGCCUGCGAUUACUACGCUGUGACCCGCCGAGAGAUGAUGAGGCAUGCGGCGACAGAAAAACACAAGGUGAAAAGGCAGUCUUACCUGAACUCUUCGGAUGUAGACACACAUUCUGCAGAUGCGCCCCAGAAUAUCAUAGUACACAAAGAGCAGCAUCAGCAAAAUUCUGAAGAAUAUCAAGUGAUUUCAGACCAGGCCUCUGAAGAAAUUCUGAAAUCUAAAAGUACCGCUGAUUGUUCCGUUUCGGAUGAGAAUACAAAUCUGGAUGUGUCUAAGGUACUCCGUGCCCCCAACUCUGUAGAAGUUGAGACUGAAGAGGAAUCUAAUCUCAGUGAAGAGCAUUCCUUUUGUGAAACUUUCCAACAGCCCCUUGCCAACGAAAAGGCUCUGAAACAGGAGGAUGUGGUGUCCCUUAAUAUUUCCUCUACGUGUGGCUCCCCGAGCAGAUUUCAGAGUGAAAAUGCAGGAAGCUCAGCUCUGGAGUAUGAAACAGUCCAGAGAACCCACAGCGUGCUGAAGGACGGUGGGGGUCCAAGCCCGCGUGGCGAGAGCGACCUGGGACAUGUGGGCCAGACUGCAGAUGAAGCCCUUAGCAGACACGGUUGUCCCGGAGGUCUGGGGGGAGGGCCUCCGGCUGAGAGCACCGUCCCUGCUGUGAUGACAAGGACGAGACGGCAGCCAGACCUGGAGAGCAGCGGUCCGAACGACGUCGGAAGUGUGCCGAGUUCAGAGGGCUUGAAAGACGCCCAGGACGACCCCAUUCUGGAGAGCAAGGAGAUUCUGAUGAAUCCCCAGCAUGAAACUACAGUUAUCUUGGAAGAGGAUGGUCCAGCUUCUGAUAGCACAGUUGAAAGCACUGAUGUUUAUGAAACUAUAAUCAGUAUUGAUGACAAAGGACAGGCCAUGUACAGUUUUGGCCGGUUUGAUUCUUCCAUAAUAAGAAUAAAGAGCCCCGAGGACGGUGAGUUGUUAGACCAGUCUGAAGAGGGUCUCCUAACAACGGGCGUGAGGACUAGCGAGUCGCCCUUAAAGGACUGUGCCCACGGUGUGAAAAAGAAGAAAUCUGAAGGUGGUUCUUCGGGUGAAUCCACACGGAUUCGUUGUGAUGACUGUGGCUUCUUGGCAGAUGGCUUGAGCGGACUCAACGUGCACAUAGCCAUGAAGCACCCCACGAAGGAGAAGCACUUCCAUUGUCUGCUGUGUGGAAAGUCCUUCUAUACUGAGAGCAACCUGCACCAGCACUUGGCCAGCGCCGGCCACCUGAGGAACGAGCAGGCCAGUGUGGAGGAGCUCCCCGAGGGGGGGGCCACCUUCAAAUGUGUCAAGUGCACGGAGCCCUUUGAUUCAGAACAGAAUUUAUUUCUCCACAUUAAAGGGCAGCAUGAAGAACUGCUGCGAGAGGUGAAUAAGUACAUAGUGGAAGACACUGAGCAAAUCAACCGCGAGAGAGAAGAAAAUCAGGGGAACGUCUGCAAGUAUUGCGGGAAGAUGUGUCGCAGUAGCAACUCGAUGGCCUUCCUGGCGCACAUCCGCACUCACACAGGAUCAAAACCAUUCAAGUGCAAGAUAUGCCAUUUUGCAACAGCUCAGCUUGGCGAUGCCAGGAACCAUGUCAAAAGGCACCUUGGGAUGAGGGAGUACAAGUGUCACGUCUGUGGGGUUGCUUUUGUAAUGAAGAAGCACUUAAAUACGCAUCUGCUAGGCAAACAUGGAGUUGGCACCCCCAAAGAAAGGAAAUUCACAUGUCACCUGUGCGAUAGAAGCUUCACGGAGAAGUGGGCCCUGAACAACCACAUGAAGCUGCACACGGGAGAAAAGCCGUUUAAGUGCACCUGGCCCACGUGCCACUACUCGUUCCUCACGGCCUCCGCCAUGAAGGACCAUUACCGGACGCACACAGGCGAGAAGUCGUUCCUGUGUGACCUCUGCGGCUUCGCGGGCGGCACGCGGCACGCCCUCACCAAGCACCGGCGCCAGCACACAGGAGAAAAACCUUUCAAAUGUGAUGAGUGUAACUUUGCCUCCACAACCCAGUCCCACCUGACUCGGCACAAGCGGGUGCACACCGGGGAGAAGCCGUACAGAUGUCCCUGGUGUGACUACAGGUCCAACUGUGCUGAGAAUAUCCGCAAACACAUCCUGCACACCGGCAAGCACGAGGGCGUCAAGAUGUACAACUGCCCCAAGUGUGACUACGGGACGAACGUGCCCGUGGAGUUCCGGAACCACCUGAAGGAGCAGCACCCGGACAUCGAAAACCCAGACCUGGCUUACCUGCAUGCCGGCAUUGUUUCCAAGUCCUACGAAUGCCGGUUGAAGGGCCAAGGAGCCACGUUCGUGGAGACCGACAGCCCGUUCACGGCGGCUGCGCUGGCGGAGGAGUCUCCCGUCAAGGAGCGGCCCCUCAGGAGCAGCGCGAGGCCGGCGGCGGUGCCCGAGCAGGUGCAGCAGGUCAUCAUCAUCCAGGGCUACGACGGGGAGUUCGCCCUCGACGCCUCGGUGGAGGAGACCGCCGCCGCCACGCUGCAGACCCUGGCGCUGGCCGGGCAGGUGGCCCGCGUGGUGCACAUCACGGAAGACGGGCAGGUGAUCGCGGCCAGUCAGAGCAGCGCCCACGUGGGCGGCGUGGCCCCCGGGCCAGUCCUGCCCGAACAACUGGCGGACGGGGCCACCCAGGUGGUGGUCGUGGGGGGCUCGAUGGAUGACCACGGCGCGGACGAACCCCUCAGCCCGGGAGGGGCUGUGAUACAGCAGGUGGCCAAGCAGGAGAUUUUAGACCUCGCCGAGGCCGGAGCGCCGCCACCCGACGCGGCCUCGGCCUUGGACGCCCUGCUGUGUGCGGUCACCGAGCUGGGAGGGGCGGGGGGCCGAGCCGGGCCCGACGAGAAAGGCAGGCCGGGCCACAAGGACGUGCUGGUCCAGCUGCCCGGUCAGGAAGUGGCCCCCGCCACCGCCCCGCCCGAGGCCCCCGAGAUCCACGUGUUCCAGGACGUGCGGGAGGGCGGGGAGCCGGCGGGGGUGCCGAGCCCGGGGGGGCGGCCCCCGGCCCUCGCCGCAGCGCAGGAGCGGGCCCAGGAGGCCUUGAAGAAGGUGGUGCAGGGCGUGCUGCAGUUCGCCGUGUGCGACUCGGCCGCGGCCGGCCAGCUCCUGAAGGAGGGCGUCACGCAGGUCAUCGUGAACGAGGAGGGCACGGUACACAUGCUGGCCCGGGAGGGCUCGCAGAUCAUCAUGCAGGAGGCGGAGGCGCACGGCCGGCUCGCGGGCCUGGCCGAGCCCGACGGCGAGAUCUCCCAGAUCAUCGUGACGGAAGAGCUGGUCCAGGCCAUGGUCCAGGAGUCCGCCGGCGGCUUUCCCGAGGGCGCCACUCACUACAUCGUGACCGAGCUGCCCCCGGGGGUGCCGGAGGAGGCGGGCCUGUACUCACACACCGUGAUGGAGGCGGCCGGCUCGCAGGAGAUCCUGCAGGCCGGCGCAGCCCUGGGCGCCGAGGCCAUGGGCCCGGGUGGAGCCUCACAGCUGACGAGUAUGGUCAUUUACACCCAAGACGGGUCCCCGGCAGCAACUGUUAUUCAGGGCCAAAGAGAGAGUAGCGAGCUCCAGGAAGCAUGAUGACUGGAUGUCUGGGGGCAGAGUGGGGAGGCCGGGCGCAGAGGCCAUGGGCGUGCGCGGGGCAGACGGAGCAUCUCGGUAUCCUCGGAAAUUCGCUCACAGGGCCCCCGGGACGGGAUGCAGUGCGGGGCCGUCUGCCCCCUGUCUGGGCGGCCGGGCACCGGCUGCGGAGGAGCGAGCAUGAGUUCCAGGGCCGCCCCCGCUGGGAAGGCCCGGGCGCCGGGACGCUGCGGGGCGGACGCCCCUGCCGGCCAGCCUGCCUCCUGCCAGGUCUUCAGUGGCUGGUCUCUCCCCUCCCUCCGUUCUGUCCUCUGUGCUGAGGAGAGACCACGGUUUUAAUGUUUCCGCCUCCACCGAAUGUUUUCCCGUGUCAGUUACAGGAUCGUGCCUCGUGGUGGCCAAGUCAGAACAGCGCCCCCUGUGGCCUGAGACGCGCCUGUUGUUCCGGUCCAGCAUGGAGCCGUUUCACCGUUUUGUUAUAGAUUUGGUUAGAAAUUGCAGCUACAUCACCGUCCUGCAGCAGGCCACCCUUGUUCAUUGCUCUGAGAUUCUAGGGUCGUGGUGUCCCCAGACCAAAGGAAGACCCGUUCAUCCCUGUAACACCCCCUCCCCCCGGGACAUCGUGGGGGGUUCCUAGCUCUGGCCGCUCUCUGGUUAAAAGAGACCGUCGUAAGCCCAUGGUCAAGAAGAGCCUUGACCUUUCUGUUCGAUGAAAACCCACCUUGGUACAGACGGCGCCAUGCUCUCAUUUUGACUUCAUUUCAUACAAGAAGAAAGUCUACAUAUGAAAUGUGUACUCUGGAAAAUAUUGUUCAUACCAGUAUUUUGCUUUCAUAACAAACGUCUGUUCCUACCGAUCCCACUUUUGCAGGAUUUAUUUGUGCUUUCUGUCCGUGUGAAGGAGCUGACCUUAAGCAUCAGUCCUAGAAAGCCGUGUGCCAGCAGCCCUGUGCUCUGGUCACGCUCUCCUCCACCCGGCUGCUCUUCCUCCUUUUCCAAAAGUGUAAAGACAGUUCCCCACCCCCAAAUGCAAAGGUUGUUUUUGUUCUAUUUUUUUC